CCCACACCGCAAAGCUGCCUGGGAGGGGCAGCUGGGGCCUUCAGUGGGCAGCAGCGAUGAGAAGCCAGGGGAAUGCAGGGGGCAGCCCGAGGCAGGCCCCAGCCUGGGUGGGCAGAGGCAGCCGGAAGGUCCUGCGUGUCUGGCUGAGCAAGAUGUCGGUGAAGGAGGGCGCCCAGCGCAAGUGGGCGGCACUGAAGGAGAAGCUGGGGCCGCAGGACUCGGACCCCACAGAGGCCAACCUGGAGAGCGCCGAGCCCGAGCUCUGCAUCCGGCUGCUGCAGGUGCCCUCCGUGGUCAACUACUCGGGGCUGCGCAAGCGGCUGGAGAGCAGCGACGGCGGCUGGAUGGUGCAGUUCCUGGAGCAGAGCGGCCUGGACCUGCUGCUGGAGGCCCUGGCGCGCCUGUCGGGCCGCGGCGUGGCCCGCAUCGCCGACGCGCUGCUGCAGCUCACGUGCGUCAGCUGCGUGCGCGCCGUCAUGAACUCCCGGGAGGGCAUCCAGUACAUCCUCAGCAACCAGGCCUACGUGCGCCAGCUCUCCCUGGCUCUGGACACGUCCAACAUGAUGGUCAAGAAGCAGGUGUUUGAGCUGCUGGCUGCCCUGUGCAUCUACUCGCCCGAGGGCCACGCCCUGACCCUGGACGCCCUGGACCAUUACAAGACGGUGUGCGGCCAGCAGUACCGCUUCAGCGUCAUUAUGAGCGAGCUCUCAGACAGCGACAACGUGCCCUACGUGGCCACCCUGCUCAGCGUGGUCAAUGCCAUCAUCCUCGGCCCUGAGGACGUCCGCACCCGCGCCCAGCUACGCAGCGAGUUCAUCGGACUGCAGCUGCUGGACGUCCUGACGCGGCUGCGAGACCUGGAGGACGGGGACCUGCUGAUCCAGCUCGAGACCUUCAGGGAGGCCAAGGCCGAGGACGAGGAGGAGCUGCUGCGGGUCUUCGGCGGCAUCGACAUCAACAGCCACCAGGAGGUCUUCUCCGCACUCUUCCACAAGGUGAGCUGCUCCCCGGCGUCUGUCCACCUGCUGUCCGUGCUGCAGGGCCUCCUGCACCUGGAGCCCAGCCUUCGCUCCAGCCAGCUGCUCUGGGAGGCCCUGGAGAGCCUGGUGAACCGGGCAGUGCUCCUGGCCUCUGACGGCCAGGAGUGCACCCUGGAGGAGAUGGUUGAACGCCUCCUGUCCAUCAAGGGGCGGCCCCGCCCCUGCUCCCUGGACAAAGCCCACAAGAGCACCCAGGCCGACCUUGGCCAGAGCCAAAGGGGCAGCUCCCCGCAAAACUCUAGCGCCCCGACGGCAGGCCUGGGAGGCCAGCAGCCAGCCGCGGCCCUCGCCAGCCCACUGGUCACCAGCGUCCAGGGCGAGCGUGGGCCGGCACCGCAGCCAACAGCCCCGGAGCGGCUGGAGCGCCCCCCGCCCCCGCCGGCGCCCCCGCUCCCUGACUCCACGACCACGCCCCCUCCUCCGCCCCCGCCCCCACCGCUGCCCCCGCCCCCGCCGGGCAUGGGGGCUGCAUUCCCCUCACCGCCGCCGCCCCCGCCGCCCCCGCCGCCUAACUCUGCUGGGACCGUACCGCCCCCGCCGCCCCUCCCGGGCCUGGGGGGCCCGCCCCCGCCGCCCCCACCGCCCCCACCCUUGCCCGGCAUCUCCGGGCCCCCUGCCGCGGGCGGCGUGGAGGAGAUAAUCGUGGCCCAGGUGGAUAGCGGCCUGGGUUCGGCCUGGGUCCCCCGCCACCGGCGCGUGAACCCUCCCACCCUGCGCAUGAAGAAACUCAACUGGCAGAAGCUGCCGUCCAGUGUCGCCCGCGAAGGCAGCUCCAUGUGGGCAACGCUGAGCAGCCCUGAUGCCGAGGUGGUGGAGCCCGACUUCUCCAGCAUCGAGCGGCUCUUCUCCUUCCCCACGGCCAAACCCAAGGAGCAGGCGGUGGCCCCGGCCAGGAAGGAGCCCAAGGAGAUCACUUUUCUGGAUUCCAAGAAAAGCCUGAACCUCAACAUCUUCCUGAAACAGUUUAAAUGCUCCAACGAGGAGGUCACCGCCAUGAUCCGGGCGGGGGACAGCACCAAGUUCGACGUGGAGGUCCUCAAGCAGCUGCUCAAGCUCCUUCCGGAGAAGCACGAGAUCGAGAACCUGCGCUCCUUCGCGGAGGACCGGGCCAGGCUCGCCAGCGCCGACCAGUUCUACCUCCUCCUGCUGGGCAUCCCCUGCUACCAGCUUCGGAUCGAGUGCCUGCUGCUCUGCGAGGGCACGGCCGUUGUGCUCGACAUGGUGCGGCCCAAGGCCCAGCUGCUGCUCGCCGCCUGCGAGAGCCUGCUCACCAGUCACCGGCUGCCCGUCUUCUGCCAGCUGAUUCUGAAAAUUGGGAACUUCCUCAACUAUGGCAGCCACACUGGGGACGCCGAUGGCUUCAAGAUGAGCACGCUGCUGAAGCUCACGGAGACCAAGUCCCAGCAGAGCCGGGUCACACUGCUGCACCACGUGCUGGAGGAAGUGGAGGAGAGCCAUCCUGACCUCCUGCAGCUACCCCAGGACCUGGAGCUGCCCGCCCGAGCGGCAGGGAUCAACCUUGAGGGCAUCCACGCGGAGUCCAGCAGUAACCUGAAGAAACUCCUGGAGAUGGAGCAGAAGGUGUCCUCCUCCAUCCCAGAGGUGCAGGAGCAGUACGCCCACCGCCUCCAGGCCAGCAUCACAGACUCGCAGGCGCUGGAGGAGGUGUUCCAGGCCAUCGAGCAGAAACAGCUGGAGCUGGCUAGUUACCUGUGCGAGGAUGCCCAGCAGCUGUCCCUGGAGGACACGCUCAGCACCAUGAAGACCUUCCGAGAUCUCUUCCUCCGCGCCCUGAAGGAGAACAAGGACCGGAAGGAGCAGGCGGCCAAGGCUGAGAGGAGGAAGCAGCAGCUGGCGGAGGAGGAGGCCCGCAGGCCGCGGGGCGAGGGCGGGAAGGCCGCCAGGAGGGGAGGCGGGAAGCAGGAAGAGGUGUGUGUCAUCGACGCUCUGCUGGCUGACAUCAGGAAGGGCUUCCAGCUGCGUAAGACGGCCCGCGGCCGAGGGGACGCAGAGGCGGCCAGCAGGGCAGCUGCCACAGACCCCCCGAGGAACAAGGCACCUGCCGCCACCAGGGACCCCGUGGGAGGUACCAGCGCCCCCAUCUCUGAGCCUGGCCUGGACGCUGCAGCUGGCAGGGAGCCCCGGGGCUGGGAUCUCGCCGAUGCCGCUCCCACCAGCCACCAGCCCACUGGAGAUUCAUCAGAGACGGGUGGCUCUGGGCCCCUGGAGAGGCGCUCUUCCUGGUACACAGAUGCCAGUGAUUUCCUGCCCACGGAGGACCCCCAGGGCCCCCAGCCCCCUGCAGGGGCCUGGUCAGUGGUACUGGGAGACGCUCAAGCCCUGAAGCCCCUCGACUUCAGUGACCAGCCCCCCAAAGCCAUGGGUCUGAGUCAAGACACUGAGGAGCCCAUGGCCCGGCUGGGUGCCUGCCAGGCCAAGGCCGACAGCACAGGUGAGGGCCUGGAGGAUGCAGCUGCCCACGGCCGCCGCGCCGGCCUCCCCGCUGCAGGCCCCGAUGAGGCUGAGGACGGGGAGCUCACAGCCCCAGACUCCGCGCUGGACACCUCCCUGGACAGGUCCUUCUCCGAGGAUGCCGUGACUGACUCGUCGGGGUCUAGCACCCUCCCCAGGGCUCAGGGCCGGACGUCGAAGGGCACGGGCAAACGGAGGAAGAAACGCCCCUCCAGGAACCAGGAAGAGGUUGCCCCCGACCCUGACGCUAAUAAAACAAAAAGGCUCUGUGUGAUCCAGUGAGGUCCAGAUUGUGUUGGGGGCAGGACCCACACCCAGUGACAGGAGUCCUCCCCAGAGCACUACAGGAGGGGCUCACGGGCCCGUCUGCCCCAUGCUCAGCGGCACGGAUGCCCGUGGAGAGGUCAGCUGGUGGUUUCGGCGGACCCUCUGCUGCCUGAGCGGGGCUUUCACUCUGGGAUGAGUGGGCGGCCCGUGGGUGAGGCCCGGGGACAGCUCUCAGUCUGCACUUGGGUUUCUGUUCCAUCCUUCCUCCCACAGUCUUCCCUGCUGGGCAGCGUCGGGAGCGGGUGGUCUGUGCCCACGCUGCAGUGCUCCCGUGCCCAUGGGAUGAGUGGCAUCAGGCCGCCUCCUCGGGGCCCUUUCUUAAGCACAACCUCACUCCCUCCAUCUGCCCACCCCCGCCGGCCAGGCCCUGCCUGCUGGUUCCUCAUGGGGUGGGAGUGACGGACCAUCUGCUUCUGCCCCGGUUGUCUUCAUCGUCUGUCUCUUCCGAGCACCGGUGCCCGCGCCCCAUGCUGCCUGGCUCCGUGGUGGCCAGAAGGGCAGGGCCUUUGGGGGGAACAGCCAGGCAAGAGGCCCUGCAGCGGGCAGGAGCUGGAAUUGGGGGCGAGGGGUGGUGCUGGUGCCCUGAGGAUGGAGCAGAAAGACCGCAGGAGGCCCCCACCAAGGGGCUGGUGGGGAAGUGACCGAGGGAGCCCCAGGGAGAGCCGGCAGCAGUGGGGCUGGAGAGUGUGGACGGGGUGGGACUCAGACAGGACACCGCGGGGACCCCACCUGCCCAUCUCAGAGGCAAGAAGCGUGCCUGGCGACACCGGGCCGGACGGGUGGAUGGGGGCCAGCCUGCAGGGGGUCAGCUGGCACCUGCCGCCUGGGGCAGCCUCACUGCUCCAGAGAAAGGGCCUGUGGUCAGAGUGGACCUCAGGACGCACGGUGCUGCCCACUGGGCAAGGCUGACGAGCGGACGGCGGGAGCCUGGGGACUGAGGCAGGCACCGUGCCAGGCCGCUCUGACCAUGUCCUCUCCU